AUGCCGCGGUCAUUCCUGGUCAAGAAAUAUUUCAGCAACAAGAAACCAAACUAUAGUGAACUGGAGAGCCAUACUGCUGUUGUUCCAGAUGGAUUCCCAUUGGCUGAACUACCCACCAAAGAAGAUGGCUCUAUUAACAGCUACCCAACUGGACUUGUGUGGAACACGGGAGCCUUGCCUAUCUCCUACACCCCUGUGUCUCCCACUCUACCUAUUCCCUCUGGGCCCCUUGACCUCAGCUCCCAGUCCAGCAGCAGCGGAGAGGAAGAUGAAGGACGCACGUCUGACCCCCCCAGCCCAGAGCCAGCAGAUCGAUUCCACCCGGCUGCCCUCUCCCGUCACCAGCUCACCCACUGCGGAGGCUCUGAGACAGUCGUUGCCCCUGUCAACCCUUCCACUCGAGCUGCUUUCCACUGUAAGCACUGUCCCAAAGAGUACAACAGCCUGGGGGCUUUGAAGAUGCACAUUCGUUCGCACACACUCCCCUGUGUCUGCACCACCUGCGGCAAGGCCUUCUCCAGACCCUGGUUGCUGCGUGGCCAUAUCCGCACACACACUGGUGAACGUCCCUUCUCAUGUCCUCACUGCAAUCGAGCAUUUGCAGACCGCUCAAACCUUCGUGCCCACCUGCAGACCCAUUCAGAAGUGAAGAAGUAUCAGUGUGGUACCUGCUCUCGCACCUUCAGCCGCAUGUCCCUGUUACACAAACACAGCGUCUCUGGCUGCUGCCCCUCUACCUAG